AUAACAAAAAGAAAAAAAAUUGCAACUCCCUUAAUCCUGAAAUUUCACUCCUCUCCACCCUAUUUUUAAUAAUUAUGUAAUGUGCAUACUGAAAAUCAGCCACGAAUCAGCCACCCGUUUUACCAAAAUAAAUUCAUUAAUAAUAAAAAUAAACUUUUUAAUAUAAUAAAUUGUUAAAAAACUUUUACUUAAGGUGAAUGUAUCCUACUAGGGAAUAAAAUACUUUUAAUUCAGUUUAUAGUGUAUGCUGCAUAGAUUUAGUACUUGUCCAAAAGUUAGUUCAGUGUGUUUUAUUUUAACAUUUAAAAACUUAUGCAGCAAAGGCCGUAUGAUGUAUUCUUGAGCUUUCGAGGCAAAGAAACUCGCUCAAAGUUCAUCUCACAUCUUUAUGCAUCUCUUGAAAACGCUGGUAUCUAUGUUUUCAAGGACGAAAACGGGCUAGCAAGAGGGGAAAAUCUCUCAAUCUCGCUUCUGAAAGCAAUUGGAGAGUCUAAAACUUAUAUCAUUAUUUUGUCACCAAAUUAUGCAUUUUCAAGAUGGUGUUUGCAAGAGUUGGAAGACAUCAUGAUAUGUUGUAAAAACAAAACUCAAAAGGUGCUGCCAGUAUUCUACCAUAUAGAUCCCUCGGAAGUGCGAAAUCAGACUGGUAAGUUUGGACAAGCUUUUGAUAAUCUUAUGAAAAGAUACCCGGAUAAAAUAAAAGGCAAGGAGCAGAGUUGGAGGAAAGCACUCCGUGAAGUUGGAUGCAUUGCAGGGCUUGUCAUCCGAAAAUCCAAUGCCUACGGUGUAGGAAUGAAAGUGGGGAUAUUAAGAACAUUGUUGAACAAGUUACUCAUAUGCUGGAAAUGAAGGAAUUGUUCGUUGCUAAUCAUCCCGUA